UUUUCUUGAGCUUUAUGACGAAGGCCACGCCUGUUGCCUGUGUGACGCCACGGCUGAAUCGAGUCGAGGAGAGAAGGCAGAGCGCCGAAGGUUUUGUAGACUCCGCUUUUUUGCCGUCUCUCUCACUCACUCCCCCUGUCUCCGCGUCGUUUGUCUGGGAGAACAAGAUAACGGCGACGAGCGCUAGUCGCAAAGGUCGCGCUUCGCUGGGGUGGGGGCGGAGUAGCCGUGAGCGCGCAGGGGAGCAGAUAGAGACUGAGAGAAAGAGAGAACAUGCACAGCUCCCUCCUUCGUUAUUCGUUUGGUUUAAGUAGAGCGGCUGGGAAGAUGGCGAGAUUCCAGGACUGCCACAAUCCAUUCGGUUGGCACCUCUAGCGCCAAAAGGAGCGCACUUUUUGCACUCGGGCAAUAUGUCAGCUGAAUUCAAUUUCUCAGCCCUUGCUAAUGUGACAAACAGCAGUUCCGCAAGUGGAGGGUGCCCGCUAACAAAAACCGGCUUCCAGUUUUAUUACCUGCCGACAGUGUACAUCUUCGUCUUCAUCACUGGAUUAAUAGGGAACAGUGUGGCCAUCUGGAUGUUCGUCUUUCACAUGAGACCGUGGAGCAGCAUUUCAGUGUACAUGUUCAAUCUGGCGUUGGCUGACUUCUUUUAUGUGCUCUCGCUUCCCAUCCUCAUUUUUUACUAUUUCAACAAAACGGAUUGGGUCUUCGGAGACAUCAUGUGUAAGCUUCAGCGCUUUAUUUUUCACGUGAACCUGUACGGGAGCAUCCUCUUCCUCACUUGCAUCAGCGUGCAUAGGUACACAGGAGUUGUGCACCCUUUAAAAUCCUUGGGGAGACUGAAGAAGAAAAACUCCAUCUUCAUCAGUGGCUUGGUGUGGUUCAUUGUAAUUGCUGGGAUUUCACCAAUACUAUACUUUUCCCGAACUGGAACAAAGAAAAAUGGAACAACAUGUUAUGACACAACCUCUGAGGAUCACCUGAGCAGUUAUUUUGUGUACAGCAUGUGCACAACUGUCUUUGGGUUCUGCAUUCCCUUUAUAAUCAUCUUGGGCUGUUAUGGAUUAAUAGUCAAAUCACUGAUUUGCAACGAUAUGAACAAUGCGCCUCUUAGGCGAAAAUCCAUUCACUUGGUCAUAAUAGUGUUAGCUGUUUUUGCUGUUUCUUAUCUGCCAUUUCAUGUGAUGAAAAACUUAAAUCUGAGAGCCAGACUGUACUUCCAAAGCCCUGAGAUGUGUGAUUUCAACAACAAGGUGUAUGCCACGUACCAAGUGACUCGAGGUCUCGCCAGCUUGAAUAGCUGUGUGGAUCCAAUUUUAUACUUUCUGGCAGGGGAUACAUUCAGAAGACGACUAUCUAAAGCUACCAGGAAAAGUUCCAAACGAAGUGACAAUAAUCUCCAGUCCAAAAGUGAAGAAACUGCCCUCAACAUUUUACCUGAGUACACAGAAAAUGGUGACACACGUCUGUGAAUGUUAAACAUUAAAAUCAUACGAGUCUGGGUAAAAGAAAAAGGCAAAAAACUUAAAGCUUAUGAAACUGCCUUUAUAGUACACUUCUUUCUGUCUCUUCUUGCCCAUUUUAUGGCAAUAAGUAUGUCAGGGCUUUCCACAGAAGGCAGGUAUUUACACUGUUUCGCAUGCUUGUUCAUGUUUUACUGGAAGCCCUUACAUGCAGAAAGUGUUUGCAUAGCCUGCCUUUUAAUCCUCAAACUGUUGAUUAUUCACGUUAACUUUUGAAUCCCAGUUGUAAUUAGCCUCUUUAGCAGCUCAAAGUCAGUUAGGAAAAAAAAAGAAAAUCUGGAUUGAAAAAACACUGGAAUGCCAAGAUUUUAUCUGAGCCUUACACAAACCACAGAUUUUAAACAUUUAUUGCAGUUAUGGUCACCUGUUGAACAGAUGACUGGAAUGCACCAACAGUAGUAUUUACGUAACCUGGAAAUUUUAAACAUGAAAUAGAAUUGUGUUACUUUUUAUGCUGGUUUCAGAUACUUUUGCAAAUGAGUGAAAUGUGCUCAUAGAGCGGUCUCUUCAUAGCUUUGUGAGGCUCAGCAUUCCCUAGCAGCCCAGACUUUAAUGUGUAUUAAUGCAGAAGUGGUUUAUACAUGGAAUAACAUAUCUCACUAGUAUUAGUUACUGUCCCUGUGUUUUAUAACUGCAGAAACAUGACUAAGCAAAGCUAUCAGUCUGAUUAUCAUGCUGUUAACGCAUGACAAGCUCAAUAUGCACUGUAAAAAUGUGACCUUUGGGUACUGUAUAUUAUUGACACUAACACUGGCGUUAUGUACACUGUGCUGCUCAACCACGUGUCCAAUGUGCACUGUGUAGUGACAAUUUGUGUUGUAUGAAGGCAUAUAGUAUAUGUGAUUAACUUUUCAAGCCAUUUUGUAGGAUAAUAUGGUGUUAUAUCAGAGACACUUUUAUUUUUGUAUGUGUUUUAUUAUAAUUUCCUGUUAAAAUUAAGGUGUUAACUUAUUGCAUGUAAGCAGUGUUAAGGAAAGGUGACUAACUUUUCCAGUUUUCUAAUGGCCUGAACAAACAAAUGUUUCUUUUCUUUGUGUCGUGCUGUUUGCAUGCAAUUUAUGUUGCAUGAUGAUUGCAGUGGUGCCUGCUAUUUACUAAGAAAUUCAGUUCUACAUCCUUUAGUCACGUGCUUGAACUUGUGCUUCUUACAUAUGCAAUUGUGAUACAAUAAAAUUCUUUAUUUCUGUCUGUGGAGUCAGAUGUUGAAGCACAACAUGGUAAGCACAAUUUAUAUUAACCUUAUUGGUGAAACGUUGUCUGAUUGUGACAAUUAUUAGGUACAAUGUGAACACUUUCUGAUGAAUUGUGUCUAAAAUACUCAAGUAAAACUAUAAAACUGAACCAAUUUGUACUUUUUCUGUAGCUCAUUGACAGAGGUAUCGAUUGUAGGUGUAAGAAUAGAGCAAUCAAAGUUUGUUUUAUGUUUAAUGAGAUUACUCAUUCUCAUCUUUUAAAAUAUUUUUUAUGGUGAGUAGCAAGAUGGCAUAGUGGUUAGUGUUGCUGCCUUCUAGGCUCUGGAGAGUGGAGUUGAUUUCCUGUCUUGGAUAAUGUCUGGGUGGAAAUUGCAGCUUCUUCUCAAGUUUGUGUGGUUUUCUAUGGGUGCUGUUUUUCCUUCCAAAUCCCAUACAUUUGCAUACUGGAGUAAUGGGUUGAAUGUGUGUGAAUAUGGAUGAGUGUGCUCUGUGAUGGAAUGGCAUUCAUUCAAAGUUGAUUUGUACCCUUCACCUGAUGCUAUCGUUUUUUGACUGCCUGUGAGUUUAUAAUUAACAAAAUCAGGUUCAAAAGAUGAUUGGAUGGAUGGGGUAACUUUUAAUGGACAUUGCAAAGUAAAGGUGUACAUAAACAGGCUUCUUUUUUGAAAUUUUAUACAGGAAUAUAUAAAAAGUCCUAUCUCUAAAUGAAAUUGACCUAGAUGCCAGAGCACCUGUAAGUAUUACAGCAUAAAAUAUUUACUGUGGCGUGUGCUCCCAGCAAAAAAAAUUCCUGAACAAUAUGUCCCUAAAGGAUGAACAGAAAGGUGUGUGAAGUCAAUUGACAGCUGACUGUUUUCAGGAGUAAUGACAUUUAAAAUAUUGCAAAUUAUAAAACCAGAUUGCUUUUUAUGGAAGUAGAGGAAUUAUUUUUGGAAGCCUUACUGACCUUUUUUGAGUGCACUGCUUAUACCUUUUGCUUAUUCUGUGAACCAAAAGCAAUUACAACCCUGUCAGUCACUGCGCCGAAUAGAUCAUCCAGCCAGCAGUUCAAAGAAAGACAUAUUUUAUAUUACUGCUAAAUCUUUAAAUCUUUGUCUUGGUUUACUUUGUCAUGUGGUUAGUUCUUAAUAUUGUAUCCAAAUUAAAUUCUAAAAGCUGCUUAUCCCUUCAUUUCAUAUCACCCAUACAUCUAAGAAGAUCCUUGACAGAAUGAAAUUGCUGUUUUAUAUUCAUGUAAAUGGUUUAAACCCAUGCAAAGCUAAAUGAUUUUAUUAUAUGAUAGAAUAAUAGUGUGUAUACUGGCUGCAAGAUGAUAGUGAUACAUUUUCCCCAUUAUAUCUUCAAAAAAACAAGACUUUAAUUGAAACUGACUGGAGGAAAAACUGAGUAGUUGUCAUAAUGGCAUAUUAAUCAUACCCAGUACACUGUAAACUAUAUUGUAUAAAGAUUUUAAAAAAAUUGCUUUUGUGAAUAUUAUUUAAAAUGAUUUUUGUCAUAAAGCUUUUUACAGACUGCAUAAGCAAGCCAUAUUCCAUCUAGACAUGAGUGACAUUAUGAAAUGGUGAAUGCUUCAUUUUCACUAAUCGUAUAUUUAUGAUAGAAGUGCUGAGUAAAAAUUAGUUACAUUUAAAUGGCAAAUGUAUGAUAAAUAACAAGUUUAGCUUGCAGCAUAUUUGUUCUUUGUGCAUUCUAUUACAACAUUAUUUUUCAGGCCAAUUACUGGUAUAUUUUAAUAAUAAGCAUUGCCUAGUUCUAGCUAGUUGAACUUGAUUUCUGCCAUGCAGAAGUCUUAUGUGAAAGUAUUUAUUAAAACUAUUUAAUUGCUCUGUGUAUAUACUGUAUAUGCACAUAUAAACUGUGGCAGAAAUAUUGUCCAGUUGUUAUAUUUUAAAAUCUUAAAAUAGCAUUCUUAAAUCUGUUCAAUGAAACUCAGUGUCUUAGGGACCUUAACUGAGUAGCAUCUGGCACAAGACUGGAAACAGCCAUAGACUGGGACCAGCACAUCACAGAACAUAUUCAGACAUACAUACAUGGCCAGUUUAGGAUUGUGAUUUGAACUAACACAUGUCUUUGGAAUGUGGGGGGACAAUUCAAGGGCAACUCACACAGUCACAGGGGAAAACAUACAGACUCCUUACAGAUAACAUCUAGUCAUAGGAUUUGAACCGAGGACACUGUAUCUGGCUAGCAGUAGCUCUGCACCCCAUGUCAUCCAGAUCCAAGAGUAAUUCUUGGAGUUGUUUUAGUGAUAGUCAUUACAAAGCCGCCUGUAAUGUACUUAGAGAUAAAAUAAAUAAACGCCUGGAAUUAAUCAUGCAAUACCCACAGAGGAAGCUUGAAUGCCGUUAGUUAAUCUUAGAGAUGCAUUUUGCCCUUUAUGCUGAGACUGCUAUGGAUUGCAUUCUAGAUUUUUGGUACCUGCAACAUUUUUAUCAUUAAGAAUGUUGUAAGGGAAAUAAAUCUGCAUUAAUUUAUGUGUCUUUAUUUAAAUAAUUGUUACGUAGCUCCUUGCCUUGUACUUAAAGUACUAUACAAAUAAUUGUCUUCUUAAGAUGUCAAUGCAUCAACAUGCUUAGAAAAAAGUAAGUGUAAUUUGCACAGUGAAGGCAACAGAGCAGUUCAUUGAAUGGGAUGGAAAAUAUAAGAGCAAACAUAAAGAACAGCUAGAUAAUGAAGAGUUACUUAUUAAAGACAAGAAUGUCACAUUUUGAGCACAUCCGAGGUGAGAUGGGCAUUCAUUUGUUUUGGCUUGACCAAUGAUCCCUAUGAAAGUGAAGCAGUGAUAUUUAAAAGAAGUUAAAUUACUAAUCUUUAAGAGAUGACCACUCUGUCAAAUUUAUACAGGGUAAAGAGUCUAGAUAGAUACUGUGGUGCUAAUAUUAGAGCUCUAAGGUAUGCCUUAAUUAAACUUAAUUAAACAUGUUUAGUAUUGGAAAAGGUCUACCUGUUUCAUAUCAGCACACUUGAUGCUACCACUGCUUUAAAGAUAGACACCAUCUGUUUUUCAGAUGAUGGCAGAUAGAGAUAACAUAGGGGUUUUGUUGUUCUGGACAUCUAGUGAGUUACUAAAAGUGGUAAUUCCACAAAACCAUAUUACCACUGUUAUACACAAGGCUAAAUUAAAUGUAGAUUGUAAAAGCAUUCAGACUUAUACUCUCUUAAGAUCUGAAAUGUAACUAAAUCUUGCGCCUAGAUCAUAAAUCAAUAGCUACUUUUUGAAAUAAAAGCUGCAGUCAUCCUACAAUGUAUGCAUUCUUCAGUGGAAGAAAAAAACAACAACAAACAAAUUCAUCCAAAUGUUAAGUGUGGAGGAUCACUAUAAAAUAAGUGUAAUAAAUAUCAUCAAUGCAAAUGUGUUUAGACAGAAAAUUGGCUGGAUUACUCAUUUCAUCUGAAAGCUCUCCAGCAACAGGAUAAUAAUUUGUGUUUCUGAGACAGUCAGCAGUCUGUGCAGGAAUCACAUCACUAACUGGUGCAUUGCGUUGUACAGCAUCUGAAACAAUACAAAUAUGGAGCUUAAAAGACUGCUGUUUGGAAAGCAAUUCUUAAUCUAGCUAUUGCUCCCUUACGAAUGCAGGAAUAUAAAUGGCAAUGUGUGAGUUUCCCAGGUUUACAUAACAUGUAGAAUGUAUAAUAAUCAUAGUGUAUAAUAAUUUUGUCAUGCUACUGCCUGCACAACUAUUAUUAUUUAAUAAAUUAGUAUAAUGACUUUAAUUUCAGUCCUAUAAUACAUUUGGAGUUUAUUUUCAUCCUUCCAUUUUUUGAAUCCACUUAAUCCAUUUUGAAAGGAAGCCUGUGUGUUCAUCAUGGGUAGAAACGUUUCCUGGAUUGCUGUCAGCUCCACUAUAGGGCAUACUUCACACACAUCAAGCCACUCUUGACAUAGAAAAUUGGAGGAAAAUCUGCAUGCAAACAGGGAACAUACACAAGUUCCACACUUUUCAGUCCAGUCUCCUGGAGCAUUUAAACCACAGCAUCAACCACAUUGCCUCUCUACAGCCUUCAGAAUAAGCAAUGACAAUAACUAUUUAAAAGUUCAACAGAGGUUUUGAAAAAUCAUUUCAAUACUCUGUAUGAACCUCAAGACCAUUUUAAUUUACACUAUAUUAAUACAGUAUUUGUAUGACUAAACCUCAACAUUUUACUUAUUAUCAUUUAUGAUUCACCUAUACCUAUAAUUGGGUUUAUUAUAGAAAUUACAAAGGCAAAAUAUUACAGAUUGAUAAAAGGGAUUGUAUACAGUACUAAAAUUACAGUAUUUAAUUCUUAAGCAAUGUGUAGUUAAUCUUAGAGAUACAUUUUGCCCUUUAUGCUGAGACUGCUAUGGAUUGCAUUCUAGAUUUUUGGUACCUGCAACAUUUUUAUCAUUAAGAAUGUUGUAAGGGCGGCACAGAGGUAGCGCUGCUGCCUAGCAGUUAGGAGACCCGGGUUCACAAUUGUUCACAAAGAGUUUUCUCACAAUUGGGAUAUCUUAAAAAACUGGGAAGAUUAUAGAGUACUAGAGGGCUUACCCCCUGCUCACUUCGCUAGUCAACCCCCCUUGCCUGAGCUACACGCCAGCCACUUCAUGUCUAUGACGCUCGUGUUGUGAAGAGGGGGGCUGAAUGCACCCCAAGGAGACGUGGUUUCUCCUCCGAAAACCCCUUCUUAAAUGGUGAUACAAUGGGGAAAAAAAGUUUUUUUUCACCUCAUCUUUGCUCGAUCAGCUGCUGUGCAAUGCUGCAUGAUCUGCAUCUCGCACGGCACUUCGAACAUUUAAAAGCCUGUACAGCAGCUGUCUUUGUUAUCUACUCUUUGUCUUUUUUUUCCAGCCCUGGGCACAAAGUCUCGUCUCGCGGGACGUAAGUUCUUAAUAUGUUAGAUUAUAAUUUAAAAACAGAGUAAGAAUCUGAAAAUCUAAAAGCAUCACAUUAAAGUUCAUUAAAUUCUGAAAAGAAUGAUACGAAACAUAUCUCUGUCAAUCAAUCUUUAUUUUACAUAGCACAAUUCAUAGUGAGAACUAUCAAGGUGCUUUAUAAAGCAAGCAAGGAUCCACUGAGACACUGGAAAACGACUGGAACUAUCCAGGCAUCAUGGAUCAGAGUAUAGUACAAAGAACUGGAAUGCAUACAGGAGUUGAUUAAUGAUAAGACAACAUAGCAGAGUCCAUAUCAGUAAAGUAGCUAGUAUUUGUCCGUCCUUGGUCCAUCCUGGAGACUUCCAUACCAACAUCAGAUCCUUACUCCAUUUUGAACUCUGUACUGGUUUUCUUUUUGUGAUUUUGCUGGCUGUGUCUGUAGAAUAAUUUCUUCAGUGAAUUAUGGUAAUUAAUUACUGUUGAAAAAGGUGACAUUAACUGGGAUAAUCUAGCUUCAGUAGCAUUCAAGUAUUUUUUCAGACAUCUCUUGGUUUUAAAUUAUCUUCCUUUUACCAAUUCUGAAUACCAUCACAUCAAUUGAAACAAAACGCAACAGCCAAGACUUUUGGAAAUUAAUGAUCUUUCUGCCCUCCUCGUUCUUAACCACUUUACAUCACAGAUCUGAACAUAAGAUCAAUCAUGCUGUAUAUUCUUUGUGAACAUCUAAUUGUCAAAAAUCAUUGGACCACUCACAUAAAAUGUACUGCAUGAUUAAUUUUACAUUAUAUUAAUCAAGCGGAUCACUUUCUCGUGUGUUCUAAAUUGUGAGCUUAAUGUGUAAUAGUAAUAAUGAAUUAAAAAGAUCAGUAAAUAAAUCCUUAACAGAUUCAUACAAAGGCUGAGAGUGCAGUAUGCAUUGAUUAUAAUGACAGAAUUGAAUGAAGGAAUGUAAACUUUUUUCUGUCUGUAAUUUCUAAUAUAUAGAGUCAGCAUAUUUUAGCUGUGAACUUGAUUCAGAGACAGUUCUAUACUUAGUUAUUACAUUUGUAAAAAAAAAAAAAAAAGCCUGAAAAAAUUAAUCCCGUGGUAAAUACCACUUACUGUAGGACAAUGACAGCAGAAUUCUGGUCCUUUCACUGCAAUCAAUUUAUGUUUGGUCUAGAAUUAUUUUCACUUGUUCAACUCCAAGUUCUAUUUUGGUAUAUUUUGUUAAAGAAACUGAAAAACACUAGUGUUGUAUUGUGAAAAUAAUAGAAUGACUGCCACAGUUAACAUCUCCAGAUGUCAGGUAUUUUCACAAAAUAGCAUUUGGUCAAUUUCUUUUAAUGAAACUAUAGAUUGGAGUCCCAAAAUAAUUGCUAUAGUAUACUGUAUAUUGUGUGAUGUGUUUCACUACAGAUCUCUUUUAACUAUCCAAGUUUUAAUAUUAUAUUUUUACUGAUAGUGUGAUUUCCAUUUAUAUUUGCUAAAGUAAAUUAGCAGUUACAAAUAUUAUCUGUAGAAUAAAAUCAAUAAUUUUCUUCUUCUUAGAUGAGAUGUCUAAAAGAUUAAAGAGCUGUACUAGAUUACAGAGUGCAUUUAGGGGAAUUUGCUUAUCUGUUAGAGACAAGUGAAAUAUGUUGUUCCUCCUUUCAAAAAUGCUUCAGAAGGGAAGACAUUCCCUGCACUGAGCUCAUCUGCUGUUUGUAUGUUGUGCAUCUUGCAGUCCAAAAAAAACCCAAAACCUUCAUAAGCAGGUCUGUGUUGGUUAGGAAUGGUCUCGUUCACUCAAUGAUUUUUCAAUUAACUUAUUCACUCACUCCCCCAAUCAGCAGUGAUUUCCAGACCUUGUGAAUUAAUAGUUAAUGCAACAAUAAUGUCUCUAAAGUUCUUUGUGUCUCUGAUAACCACUGACUUGUUUUUCUGGAAAGUCAGAUGGACAACAUUUCUUUGUAUCUUAUUGUUGCCAUCUCUACUAUGCUGUUGUACUGGUUUUUAGGACCAGCAUAUGUUUUAAUUCUGUGCACACCAUACAUUAAUCUCAUACUGAUAGUCCUGUAAAGCAGCUUUUGAUACAACUCAUUAUAAAGGGCAGUAUACAAUAUCAAUUCAUUCAAUAUGGAACAUAUUUUAUUUACAAAAUAGAUUCAAAUCUGAAGCAGAUAAUUUAUUAAGUAUUUUGUUAUACUGUACAAUGCUUUUUACUUAGCAAAAAUGUUUUUAAGCCACAAUAAGCUUUUUAGACCAAACAUUAAAUUAAGUUCAUGUGCAUGGACAAUGAUAUUUUGUGGUGCAGUGGAUAAAUUUGAGACUGUUGUCUAAAAAAUAUACUUUAUUGUGAUAAAAAUGUUAGUGCAUUGAAUUUGACUUGGUGAAGCACACACCAAUAAAAUUUCAAUAUCAGUAUGUACAACAUUAGAGCAAUAUUAACUCAUUGUUUGUCUGCUGCCCCCAAACAACCAAUUUAAUACAAAUACACUUAGACAAUUUAAUUUUCUUACUUUUGAUUUUAUUUAAAACAAGUCCUAUUUUAUUCAAACCUGCUUUAAAUUUCUGAACAUCAAAAAAAACGGCAACUUCAACAUAAAACUUUAAAAAGCAGAUCUUAAAGCAGCCAAUGGCAAAGAGUGAUGCAAACGUCUUUGCAGUGCAAACCAAGGUUAGUUGUUUUAUUUUGUUUCAUUUUUGGUUAUCACAAGUAAGAAGCUAGAAAAUUCAGGAAGUCAAUUGAGAUUCUACUUUUUCACAGACUCUUCCAACUAAUUUUGUUCAUUUUAUGAAAUUUAUGAGAGCAUGGCCUAAAGUUGAGCCUAUUAGAUCUCCUACCCUUCUCCUUGAGGGUCAGCUUGUACUAUAGAUGCAGUGAGCAGGCUGGAGAAGAGAAUGCAGAAAAUACAAGCCAGCUAUGUGUUGCCCUUCAUCUUGCACGAUCCUUAAAAUAUUCCUGCAUGAAUGAGCUUCAUGUGACACUUGUUCAUAUUUAGGAAAAACGGAUUUAAACAUUUUUGGAAGAGAGCAAAUGUACGAAAUUAUUAACA